UCCCCGGGCGGGGCCAGGCUCGGCCCCAGCCCGGCUGCGCCACAGGGUGGUGGUGGAGGAGGAGGAGGAGGAGGAGGAGGAGGGACUCCGGCUCGGCACCGACUGACGUGUCCCCGUUAUGGAGCCCGCCGUGAUUCAUCAGCGGCGGCGGGGCGGCAGCGGGGAGCCGCGCACCGGCCCCGCGUAGGCACGGCUGCGGCGGGGGCAGCCCCAGCGCCGCGCCGCCUUCAUCCUCCUCCUCCUCCUCCUCUCCCUCCUCUCCUUCCUCCUCCUCCUCCUCACCGCCCGCUCCCGUGCCCCCGCGGCCAGGCGAGGAGCCCCGGGGAGGCAAGAUGGAAGAAAUCCUGCGAAAGCUGCAGAAGGAGGCGUCGGGGAGCAAGCACCGGGCCAUCAAGGAGAGCUGCACCUGGGCCAUCGAAACCUUGGAUUCUCCUGAUGCUGCUGUCAAGAUCCCUCCAUAUCAGCUAAGGGAGAAGUGUCUCCUUCCUCUCCAACUGGCGCUGGAAUCGAAGAGCGUGAAGCUGGCCCAGCAGGCUCUAGCAGGGAUGCAGAAGCUGCUGUCUGAUGAGAGGUUUGUAUCUGUGGAAACAGACUCAGAUGAGAAACAGUUGCUUAAUCAGAUGCUGAAUGCCGUCAAAGUGACUCCUUCGCUCAACGAAGACCUGCAGGUUGAAGUGAUGAAGGUCCUGCUCUGUAUAACAUAUACCUCCACAUUCGAGCUGAAUGGGAGCUCAGUGUUGAAGAUUGCUGAGGUGUGCAUUGAGACAUAUGUAUCUAGCUGUCACCAGCGGAGCAUAAACACCGCUGUGCGGGCAACCCUCAGCCAAAUGUUGAGUGACUUGACUUUACAGUUACGACAAAAGCAAGAAAAUAUGACAAUUGAAAAUAAUGACACCCUGCAGAAAUUCAAGAGUCAAGGUACUUCAGCUGAGUCUCUUUGUGAUGAUGUUGUAUCUGUCCUCACUGUGCUCUGUGAGAAGCUCCAGGCUGUCAUAAAUGACAAUCGGCAGCUUCAGCUUCUUUAUUUGGAGUGCAUCCUCUCCAUGUUAAAUAGCUCUUCUCCAAGCAUGCACCAGCAUAAAGGAUUCACAGAUCUCAUAUGGAAGCAACUGUGUCCAGCCUUAGUAGUAAUCCUGGGAAAUCCGAUCCACGACAAAACCAUCACCUCUGCCCACAGCAGCAUCUGUCUUGAGGCAGAUUCACCUUCCUCAGGGGUCUCUGAUCACGGCCGGGGUUCAGGCUGUUCAUCCACAGCACCUGCCCUUAGCGGGCCUGUUGCACGGACCAUCUACUACAUUGCAGCCGAGCUGGUUCGGCUGGUGGGGUCGGUGGAAUCCAUGAAGCCCGUGCUGCAGUCUCUGUAUCACCGCAUGCUGCUUUACCCGCCACCUCAGCACCGAGUAGAAGCCAUCAAAAUCAUGAAAGAGAUACUUGGCAGUCCUCGGAGGCUUUGUGAUUUGGCAGGGCCCUGCUCUUCUGAGUCAGAAUCCAGGAAGAGGUCUAUUUCUAAAAGGAAGUCCCAUCUGGAUCUUCUCAAGCUUAUCAUGGAUGGGAUGACCGAAGCAUGCAUCAAGGGUGGUAUUGAAGCAUGUUAUGCUUCAGUGUCAUGUGUAUUUGCCCUGCUCGGAGCAUUGGAUGAGCUAAGCCAAGGCAGGGGUCUUAGUGAGGAGCAGGUCCAUUUGCUCCUACGGCGCCAAGAAGAACUGAAGGAUGGGACCGAGACGAGCAGGGACUCCAUGGAGAUCAACGAUGCUGACUUUCGGUGGCAGAGGCGCAUCCUGUCCUCAGAAAAUCCUGCCUGGGAAUCAGGAAAUGAGAAGAGUCCUGAUAUUAGCAUUAGUGUUACCACAGACACUGGUCAGACCACUUUGGAAGGGGAUAUGGGACAGACAACUCCAGAGGAUAAUCCAGAAAGUCAAAAAAACUCGCUGUCAUCUCCAGCUGCACAUGAAAGCAAAGAGAUUCAUUACAGAGAACCAGAGUCAGAAACCAUUGACCAGCCAGAUGUCGUUCAGAGAAGCCACACCAUAGUCUAUCCAGAUAUAACUAACUUCUUAUCAGUGGACUGCAAGACCCGGUCCUAUGGAUCCAGAUACAGUGAAAGUAACUUCAGUGUUGACGACCAAGAUCUUUCUAGGACUGAGUUUGAUUCAUGCGAUCAGUACUCCAUGGCAGCAGAGAAGGACUCUGGCCGGUCAGAUGUUUCGGACAUAGGCUCUGACAAUUGCUCCCUGGCCGAUGAGGAGCAGACACCACGGGACUGUCCAGGUCAGAAGUCCUUACGUAGUGCUGCUCUCUCUCUGAAAUUGCUGAAAAACCAGGAAGCAGACCAGCACAGUGCACGGCUGUUCAUCCAGUCGCUUGAAGCUCUUCUUCCUCGGCUUAUAGCUCUCCCCAGCAUAGAGGAGGUAGACGGAGCACUGCAGAGCUUCUCUUCAACUUUCUGCUCAGGUAUGAUGCACUCACCAGGAUUUGAGGGAAACCCAAAUUUCAGCUUCCAGACUCUGAUGAAUGCAGACAGCCUCUACAUGGUCUCACAUUAUACUCUGCUGCUGAACCUAAAAUUGGCCAACUCAGAUUACUACAGGAAGAAGCCUGCCCAAGCCCCUGUGUUGCUGAAAGAGUUCAUGAAGCAGGUUCAGUCCAGCGGAGUGUUGAUGGUGUUUUCCCAGGCCUGGGUUGAAGAGCUGUACCACCAGGUACUAGAAAGGAACAUGCUGGGGGAAGCUGGAUACUGGGGAAGCCCUGAAGAGCACAGCCUUCCACUUAUCACCAUGCUGACUGACAUCGAUGGCUUGGGAAGCAGUGCAAUUGGUGGCCAAUUGAUGGCAUCUGCUUCAGCCCAAUCUCCUCUUUCCCAAAACCGGAAGACAGAUGAUUCUGUUGUUGCAGGAGUUGCUUUUGCCCGAUACCUCUUAAUUGGCUGUUGGAAGAACAUGAUUGACACCUUGUCCACACCGCUAACUGGUCGCAUGGCAGGCAGCUCCAAAGGGCUGGCAUUCAUCUUGGGAGCAGAAGGAGCCAAGGAGCAGAACCAAAAGGAGAAGGACUCCAUCUGUGUGAGCCUGGAUGGACUGAGGAGGGCAGCGCGGCUGAGCUGUGCUCUAGGUGUUGCUGCUAACUGUGCAUCUGCUCUUGCGCAAAUGGCUGCUGCCUCCUGUGUCCAAGAAGAGAAAGAGGAGAAAGAAAUCCAAGAGCCCAGUGAUGCUAUAGCUCAAGUGAAACAGAAAGUGGAGCAGAAACUGGAGCAGAUGGGGAAAGUGCAGGGAGUCUGCCUACACACUGCUCAUGUUUUGUGUAUGGAUGCAGUCCUUAACGUGGGCCUGGAGAUGGGAAGCCAUAAUCAGGACUGCUGGCCUCAUGUGUUCAGGGUGUGUGAGUACAUCAGCACGCUGGAGCACACCCACUUCAGCGAUGGUGCUUCCCAGCCCUCCCUUACCAUCACCCAGUCACAGCAGGCACCUGGAGGCCUGCAACCAGACUCGGAGCUGGGGGAGUCUCCCCAGGAACUGACACCUGAGCAAGAGAACACCCUCAGCAGCAACCCUGUUAUUCAGCCGGUUUCCAUCCAGGAGCUCAUCAAGGAGAGCAGUAAGGGCAGAGCUUUCGACUUCCGUGGGGGCAGCCUGCUGUGUGGGACCAGUGCUGCCAAGGCUGUUCUCACACUCUCCACACAAGCUGAUAGGCUCUUUGAAGAUGCUGUUGACAAGUUAAACUUGAUGGCACUGGCAGGCUUUCUUUACCAGCUCAAGAAGGCUUCUCAGGCCCAGCUUUUCCAUUCAGUCACAGAUACAGUUGAUUACUCUCUAGCAAUGCCAGGUGAAGUAAAAUCCACCCAGGACAGGAGAAGCGCACUUCACUUGUUUCGUCUUGGUGAUGCCAUGCUCAGAAUCGUAAGGAGUAAAUCCCGCCCAUUGCUCCACCUCAUGCGCUGCUGGAGCCUGGUGGCACCUCACCUGGUGGAGGCUGCCUGUCAUAAGGAGAGACACGUGUCUCGGAAGGCUGUCUCCUUCAUCCACGACAUCCUCACUGAAGUGCUGACAGACUGGAGUGAACCUUCUCAUUUUCACUUUAACGAGUCGCUUUUCCGCCCCUUUGAGCGUAUCAUGCAGCUAGAGCUGUGUGACGAGGAUGUUCAGGACCAGGUGGUCACCUCUAUAGGUGAGUUGGUGGAAAUGUGUUCUACCCAGAUCCAGUCAGGAUGGAGACCCCUGUUCAGUGCCCUGGAAACAGUUCACAGCGGCAAUAAGUCAGAGGUUAAAGAAUACCUUGUAGGAGAAUACUCUAUGGGGAAACGCCAGGCCCCGGUGUUUGAUGUCUUUGAAGCAUUUCUAAACACAGACAGCAUCCAGGUCUUUGCUAAUGCCGCCACCAGUUAUAUUAUGUGCCUUAUGAAGUUUGUGAAAGGACUGGGGGAAGUAGAUUGUAAGGAGAUGGGUGACUGUGUGCCAGGAUCAGCAUCUACAGACUUGUGCCUUCCCGCGCUUGAUUACCUCAGGAGAUGUUCUCAGUUGUUAGCCAAAAUCUAUAAAAUGCCCCUGAAACCUAUCUUCCUCAGUGGCCGGCUUGUUAAUUUGCCCCGACGAGUGCAGGAACAAUCAGCCAGCAGUGAGGAUGGUAUUGAGUGCAUCCUUUCUGACUUUGAUGAUGACACUGGUCUUAUCAAUGUCUGGAUUAUUCUACUGGAAGAAUUAACAACUGCCAUAUCCAACUGUCCCCGCCAGCACCAACCUCCGACUCUGGAUCUGCUCUUUGAAUUGCUGAGGGACAUUGCCAAGACUCCUGGCCCAGGAUUUGGCAUUUAUGCAGUUGUACAUCUUCUUCUUCCCACGAUGUCCCUUUGGCUCCAUCGCAGCCAUGGUGACCAUUCUUACUGGGAUGUGGCAUCCGCUAAUUUCAAGCAUGCCAUCGGCCUUUCCUGUGAACUCGUAGUGGAGCACAUCCAAAAUUUCAUCCACUCAGAUAUUGGUUAUGAAAAUAUGAUCAAUGCUAUGCUAAAAGAUCUUUUCAAGUUACUGGUAGCCUGUGUAGCAGAGCCAACAGAAAUCAUUUCCAGAGUUGGCUGCUCAUGUAUCAGGUAUGUAUUAGUGACAGCAGGACCUGUUUUUACUGAGGAGAUGUGGAGGCUUGCAUGUUGUGCCUUGCAGGAUGCAUUCUCUGCCACUCUGGAGCCAGUGAAGAACCUAUUGGGCUAUUUCCACAGUGGUUCUGAAAGCUUUAGUGGAGAUGCCUGUGAAGUGAAGGUGGCAGCCCCUUCCCUCUCACCGAGUGCUGAAGCUGAAUACUGGAGAAUCAGAGCCAUGGCACAACAGGUCUUCAUGUUGGAGACUCAGUGCUCCCCGAAGACCCCCAGCAACAAGGAAGGGUUUGAACAUGCCCAGUCAUGUGUGCUCAUUAUUGAUCUGCCACCAGAUAAAAAACCAAAUGGGCAUACCCAGAGAAGUAUUCCUUUCAGGACGAUAGUGGUGAGCUUGCUGUCCCACCAAGUACUGCUCCAGAAUUUAUAUGACAUCUUACUGGAAGAAUUUGUCAAAGGUCCUUCUAACUUGGAGGAGAAAAUGACAAUACAAGUACCAGAAAACAAGUUGGCUGGUUUUCUCAGGUACAUCUCCAUGCAAAACUUGGCUGUCAUCUUUGACUUAUUGCUGGACUCCUACAGAACAGCCAGAGAGUUUGACACCAGACCUGGGUUGAAGUGUUUGCUGAAAAAAGUGUCAGGCAUUAGCGGAGCUGCCAACUUGUACCGCCAGUCAGCCAUGAGCUUCAACAUCUACUUCCAUGCUUUAAUUUGUGCUAUCCUGACAAACCAGGAGAACAUCACCGCAGAGCAAGUGAAGAAGAUCCUCUUUGAAGAUGACGAGAGAAGCACAGACUCAUCGCAGCAGUGCUCUUCAGAAGAUGAAGACAUUUUUGAAGAAACUGCCCAGGUCAGCCCACCCCGGGGGAAGGAGAAGAGGCAGUGGAGGGCCCGGAUACCAUCUCUGAGCGUCCAGCCCGUCAGCAACGCAGACUGGGGGUGGCUAAUCAAGCGGCUUCACAAGCUCUGCAUGGAGCUGUGCAACAACUACAUCCAGAUGCAUCUAGACCUGGAGAACAACGUAGAGGAGCCUCCAGUGUUCAAAGGUGACCCCUUCUUUAUUUUACCAUCCUUUCACUCAGAAACCUCCACCCCAUCAACUGGAGGGCAGUCUGGGAAGGACACGCCAUCAGAAGAUGACCGGAGUCAAAUAAGGGACCAGCUGGGAGACAGCCUGACACCCCGAAGUGGAGAAAUGCUGCUGCUGCCCCCGCCCCUGAGUCCUAAACCAGAGAAAAAAGAGCAAACAAGGAGAAAAGAGUGGUGGGAGAGCGCGGGCAACAAGAUCUACACCAUAGCCGCUGACAAAACCAUCUCCAAGUUCAUGACAGAAUACAAGAAAAGAAAGCAGCAACAGGCCAUGACAUCCUUCACCAAAGAGGUCAAAGUGGAAAAGAAAGGGGAGCUCCUGGGCUCCAGAGGGCAGGACUCACCCAUACUCCAGCGGCCGCAACAUCUUAUAGACCAAGGUCAAAUGAGGCAUUCGUUCAGUGCUGGCCCAGAGGUCCUGAGACAAGAGAAGAGACCACGCUCAGGAUCCACAGUCAGCUCCCUGAAUAUAUCUGUUAGGGAUGCCGAGGCCCAGAUCCAGGCAUGGACCAACAUGGUGCUGACCGUUCUCAACCAGAUUCAGGCCCUGCCAGACCAAACGUUCAUGGCCCUGCAGCCAGCGGUGUUCCCCUGCAUCAGCCAGCUGACCUGCCACGUGACGGACAUCCGCGUCCGCCAGGCAGUGCGGGAAUGGCUGGGACGAGUGGGCCGCGUCUACGACAUCAUCGUGUAAACCCGCUUGGCUCUGUGGCGAAGGGGAGAAGACAUCCAAGGUAUACAGCAAAGACGUAUUAGGGGUUCAUUCAUUGCCUAUUUGUUGGUGAUAAAUUGAGAAACAAUGAGCUUGUCGAUGUAUAUCCUCUAUCCACUUGAGACUGUGUGUCCCUCACUCACUAGCAAAGGAGGCGAAGCUUGAAUGUGUCCAGGGGGCUCUGGAACGGCCCCAGAGCCCAGAAGCUGCCAGUAAAUCAGGCUGGCACUUAAAGGCAUAACACAUUUCAGUAGCCUUCAUUUUCAUUGAAAUUUGCAACAGUGGGAGCCACAUCAAACUCAGGUGAACUUCCACACUUGCAGUUAGCUGUGAAUGAAACUGUCAUCUAGGUAUCACACCAGGCAAGUAAGCCUACAUAACUAAAACUAACUAAAUAAAAGGCAGGAAAAAGGUGAGGGCUGCAGGACAAGUAAAACAGUGGCACUUGUUUGAUGUAGCUUCCCUUCUGAAAUUAGCAAGAGAUAAGAAAGCCAAAUGAAGAUUACUGUAAUAACUAUGUGUCCUGAUCACUAGAGAAAGUUGAAGAUAAUUUUGCUCUGAGAAGAGCCUUUGCAGUCUGGCCACAUUCAGGGUAGCUAGUGAGUGACAAUUCAUCUAUCCCAGGUCUAAAACUGGUGAACCAAGCACAGGCUAUUCAUCCUUUCAUUGGCCUUGUGGAGUAUUGCUCAAAAAAAAUGCACAGUCCGGCUGCCCUCUAACACCACCACCCUGGCUACUUCAGCUGAUGAUUUUUUGACAUGCAACUAGUUCCCCCAGGGGCGCCAGGGAAGUUUGCUUUGCUGUUUCCUGUGAUGCUACGGGGGAAGACACCACGAGCAAAGCUACAGCCAGGCCCUAUGACAGUCCCCAAAACUCAGCAGAAUAAAGCAUUCCAGUUCAAGCACCACUGCAGCUAAGCUGGCUUGUAUUUCUACUGGAGCUCUAUGGAGCUAUGUGUAGAGCUGCUGUAGCCAGGAGGACCCUUACCACCUCCAUCAAACUUAGCCUAUCACUCCACAUUGAGCUUAAUCAAGAUGGAAAAUAGUCUGAAAAGAAGGUAACUAACUUCCCUGUUUCUCAGCUGGUACUGUAAACAGAAGGGGACAGAGCCUCGUGUAGGUACAACCCCUCUGUGCAGCGCUUCUGAGGACUCCUAUGGCUUACCAACAUGGUUACUGGGGAGAAAGGGAAGGAUUGACUUGUAUUGUACAUGGUGCUCUUCACACUAGACACAGUGAAGGGUUACUUUGCCACCCAAAUUAUGUCACAGCCCCUGGGACAUCCCAUCUCCUAGUCCCACGCUACAUAAUUUGAUCAAACUUUUAAAUAAUUUCUUGAAACUAAAUUGAAUUUAAUCUUGGGUGACCCCUUAAUGAUGUUAUCCCAAGGCUUUUUAAAACGUGCACACCAACUAAAUAUACAGCUUCAGUCCUUGCUACAAAGCAUCCUCAAAAACAUCAUCUCUAUCAGGCCUGGACUUUGCACAUCUAACUGGUUUUUAGCAUCUUGAACCAGAAAAAAAAAGAAAAAAGGGUUGGUCCAAGAGGAUCUACUGACUAGCCAUUACCCAAGCUGAUGUGUUACUAAGAGUCUGCCACCACCAUCCUGCCUUUGCCCUCCAUCACCCACUCCCUGUCCUGUCACCUGCUAGACUCCUGCAGGGCAUAUUUGGUCCUACAGCAUUCUGCAGUGUCAGUCACACUGUUUCCCUCUCUUUCAAAAUUUCCUUUUGUUAAAUUGUUUCAAGAACAUUAAAAAAAAAAUCCUUAAAAAUAACUCUUUCUCACCACCUACAUUGUCAAUUGAUAAAGGCAUUAAAUUAUUUGUUUACAAAGCCAGUUUUUACAACAGAUCGAGUCCUUCCCUUGGGGCCAGGUGAAAUUAGACCUUGCUAUAUAGGAGUGGUGACAAUGUUUGAUUUCUGUUGCCAUGUCUUUUUUUACACAUCGUUAGGUAAAGUAAAAGGGUGGUUAUAUUUUUGUUAAUCUUUUUAUAGGGCAUCUAUAUAUAACUGCUUUUAAAGCAGUACAUUAAUUAGCAGCAACCAAAAUCAGAAUAAACUUUAUGCAAGACCCCUAACUGCUAUUUUUCAUUAUAUCUGCAUUUAAGGGAUUCAGCUCUUCACUGUGCUUACCUAAAACAAGCAAAUCCCUGAAACACAUUAGAGAAGUGUAAUUGGUAGCAGUACCAAUAGAAUCACUCAGGAGUCCAGAAGCAAUCCCAGUAUCUAGGAAGCACUGUGGUUAUGUUAUCUGUAAAUCGGAAAGAAAAGCUCUAGGAAUGAAAGUACCUGCCCCAUCCAGGCCUACAAACACAGCAUAGCCUGGUGUUAUGUGAUUAGCCAGCUGCUUGACUCAAAAUAUUGCUUGUUGCCCUAUUUCAAACGUCUCCUUCCACGUUACGCACUAAGUGCCCAUUGUCACCCUCAGUGCCUCUGUUCAUUCACACCCCUCCCGUAGGCAGCCCUAAGAGGAUGUAACUGAGUAACUCCAGAAAUGGGAUGAGGAUGAAGGAACCUUUGUAGUAGCAGGCUUUAAAUGAGCAAAGUCUAGCAGAUGCCACUCCUCCUUUUCCUUCUUUCUUUGUGAAAUGGAAAGCAGGUGAGCACAACAGCUCCUUGCCGCUUCAGGAACCAUUAAUCUUAUGCAUAGAAAAAAAGAGCACGGCAUUGGUUUAUCAUUUUGUUGUUGUUGUUGCUAGUUUAGAAAGCAGCAAGCCCCGAAGAAGUAAAAUGCUAAGUGUGUAAAGUCCCCAUUUCACAGGCCUGUGCACUCUGUUUCAUGCAUACUUCGGGCUGCUUGUGAGCUUUUAGCCCAAAGAAGGUGCCUGUGCAGCACAGGCUCAGGAGAAAGGUACUGGCAGCAACCCCUCAGGAGCUUCAGAAGGGGACUCCCUAAUUCUGCCCUCACCAGGCACAGGCCAGCUGCACCACCUUACAGCCACUUCUCUGCUUUCCACUGCUGAGCGGGGAGGCACCUCAGGCAGUUGCACAAAGUAGCCCUUGUCUCCACAUGUCAGUCAGUCUUUCUUGCAUAACUCAUUCAAAUUCUUACCAAAUUUCUUCAUCUCAAAUUCGUAUCACCUAACGCACAGGGUAACAGCAGCAUAUUACCAGCUUCAGAGUUGAAUCAGAACUUUUAUUUUUGGGGAAAACAAAAACAACCAACCAACCCACAGUCUGUACAUUCUCUGUUCUGGUUAACGACCAUUCUUCUCUCGCACCUUCUUUUUUGACACAGACUUCUGUAGGAGCUGUUUUUUGAUUUUCAUCUAACUGGCAAGUUAGCUAUUUUUAAAACUGUGUAGCCAGUGAUUUUUGUUUAGGUGACCUGCUUUCCAAAGGGACAUGGUGGUUUGCAGCCCUGCUCGGGUGCCCGAGCCGCACGCUGGCUCAGUUCACGCCGUCCCCGCAGGCCUCUGCGGCAGGGAGAGGCAGCGUUGUCUUCUAGAGGAUGUUUCAGGCAGCCACUGACAGAGAAAGCUGCCGUUAGCCAGAAACCAACACCUCUGCUCACAAGGAAUAACUUCACCAUGCGAAUAUUUAAAGCUGGAAGAAGUGGCACAACCAUCAAUCAAGGAGUUACUUGCACAGUACAGGAGCAGGGCCCUGACCCAGCUGCAGGCCUCGUGCACGUGGUCACGUCACCCUGCAGUGCCAUUACAUGCAGACAUACCGCAGGCACUGUGAGCACUCUGCAUGUUAGCAGAGGGAUAGCCUACAUUGCCAGGAUGUUCAUUGUGCACUCUGGCAAUGCUUGCAUCAGGUCAGCAGCGACGUCCAGCAUCAGCAGUUAGCGCAGUCCUUCUGGUAACUUCCCUACUCCUCCCUGAGCACUCAGCAGCCGCAGAACUGGCAACACCAUCUCCUGGUUGACAUGUUUUCGUGUCUUCAGAUGUUAGGAUACAAAUUUAAUACUCUGCUAGGAACUGGACACUUUAGAGUAAUUUACUUAAUUCAACGUCAAAAAAGAAUUACUAGAGAAAGAUUUACAUAGACCUGGGCAAAACUUUCCUUGUAAAACUCCGAACGCUGGCAACACAGCUUUUGUCUCAUCACAGCUACACAAUACGCGUCCUCUGGAGUAUAGCUGGCUCCUGGCAAGGCCAAGCAGAGUUUACACCCAUAACUUGAUCUAGUAAGGUACUUUGCCUUUAAUUUGAGCUUCAAGUUCUGUUUAAUUUUAGAGUAAAAUUCACUGACAAGUCUUCAUCUGCCACAGAGGUUAACUGCUACCUAUUAAUAUCUUGUACUACCCUACGUAAUCUCCAUUUGCUGUUGAUAUAGUAGCAUAUCAACACUGGUAUCUCCACUGUGGAGCUCAGAGCAGGACCAGUAUGAAACUUGAGUGGCCGACAAGCUAACAAGUAGAGAGGUUCAGCUCUGCCUGCUGCCUGCACUUGCUAUCUCUUGCUGCAACUUAAGCCCAUGCUCAAAAUGCCUAAGCUGUUGAAAUCAGGGGAAAUCCUUCAGUCCCUGCAUUCAAGUUCACAAGUUCUCAGGAAAGGGAAAGUCUUAUAUAGUUCUGAUGUCACUUUUCUCUGCUGUGGUCCUCUAUACCCUUCUGCUUGAAAAUCCACAAGGGCCAGCACAUCAUACUCCUCUGCAUCCCAGUGCCCCCCUGUAGAACUUUCGCUUUUGCACAGAUCCAGUUUUAAUGUGUAAGAAGCUGACCACAGUGAGCCAAAGUAAUUUAUUUCUACCUAGCUCUUGUGUACAAGCUUAUUCAGAAACUAAGCAUGCCGUGUAGUUGUUUUCACCUUUAGCAAACCAUUCUAGAGAUGCUAUUACUCAGUGAUAAGCUGUUUCUAAUUUAAAAAGAAAAAAAGAAGAACCUCCUUUCUUCCCUUGUCUUUAUUUUUGUGGGGGUGUGAUAAGAUUAUGCUUAAGCAAACUGUUUUAUCAUUCUCAUUAUGAUGAUUUCUGGGAAGAUCUGUGUGUAGUGCUAAUCAUGGCACAUGAAAUUAGAUAGUUUUUUUUUUCUUCCAAUUUUUGAUCAUUCCACAAUUCUUUGAAAAAAUUAAAUUAUACCAUCAAUUAUAUAUACCUUAUCAUCCUUUUUUAAUAUAAAAGGACCAAGUUACCAUAGCUCAGAAGCACAAAUAUUGGAUUUUAUGCAAUGUAGAUAACAUCUGGCAGCUAUUGACUGACCCCUCUUCUCUGAACCCCCCUAUUUUGAGUAGAUCUUCUAUAGGGAUACAACCUGAUGGUCCAUCAGCAGCCCUCACCAGCAACGCACCUGGCUCUCCAGGAAGUUGUAUGGCUGCAAGGAAGAAGCAUUACCUCCUCUGUAUUGUUUCCACUAAUUCCCCUCAAUAUACACUUUAUACGUGAUAUUGACUGUGUGAUUUCAUUUCAUACUAAACAAACAGCUUUGGACAAACACAGCAGGCUGGCUAUUUAAAAGGACAAUUAAAAAAAGCACCUGGCAUGAGCAUGCAUCAUUCUUUUCAGUUAACACUCAGAGGUCCAAGAACUAAAAGCAGAGGGAAGAGAAAAUGUCCUAAUUCUGACUGUGGAUAUCAGUGGAGCUACACUGUAUGAUCCUGGAUUAAUGCAAUAAUGAGCUUGCCUGUGGGACCAGAUCUCUCAAAUCCUCUUUAUUUUUGGCAAAUUCACGGGCUGAGGUUUGCAGGGUCUCCCCUGCCACAUUGUUUCAGGGAACUGGGUUUAUGGAGGGCGUUUUUUUUGUUAAGAAACAUAGCAUUCUGUUUCAAUUCUUUUACCCCAAUAUCGCACUUUAAAUAGUAGUUAUGUAUUUCCACAAAUUUCACCCAAUACCAUGAAGCACUAGGGCCCUAUUUCCUGUUCACACAUUGGUUUGUCUGGGCUGCAGUGAAAUGCUGAGCUUCCCCAUGAAGCCAGUUGAAAUGAGAGAGCGGAGAGCUAGCAGAGAAGCCCAGGUACAGAGGUUCAGCAAGGGACAAAUAUCACCUCCACAACUGGGCUGUGGCUCCUGAGGCCCCAGCUCUGCGGAGGAAAGCACCAAAGGGAGAUACCAAAGGGAAAGGGCAGACCCCUGCGGUACCUGAGCCCCAGACUGCACAGUUUGCUGGAGCAGGUGGGAGCUAGAGAUUUGAAAGUAUGCAAUGACAGGAGCGAGCACCUUCUUUCAGUUCCCCCCUCCCCAUCCACCUCCUUUUUAUCAUUAGUUAUGAUACUGCAGAUGCACUUCCAUGGGCCCUUUGACCAGAACUGAAAACUGAACUAAAGCCAAAGGGAGUGGACACUCCAUUUUGCCAAAGAUCUAAUCCUUCCUAUUCCAAAAUGAAAAACAAAUUUUAUUUCCGUGAUGAUGGCUGCCAUAUGAAGCAGUUUACUACAAAACAUUAUUCCCAGGACUUCAUCUCUAUAGCUGUAUAUUCAGGAGGAGCCACUAACAUUUUUGAGAGAGACCGUAAAUCGCCUUGUCAAGAGUUCUUACAUUGGGUUUGCCUUCUACAGAGCUCAUACCUAGCUGCAGUCCCCCCGUUUCAUUCAUGUUUCCUCCCUCUACCUUUCUGCUCUGACUCAGAGAAACUCCCCGUGUCCGCCGCGUCCCUUCGUGCUGCUAGCUUUGUUUGGUUCCUUGGCGUCCAUUGUUCCGGCAGUCGCUGUAAGCUGGCUUGCAACCUGUAUUUUGUGUAUAUUUUGUUCAGACUGAAUCCUGAAGUGGAAAUAUUUUAAAAGAAAAAUUAUGAACUAUUUAUGUUGCUUGUGUUGUAGAAUAAAGAAGCAAAUGCAAAAUG